UCGACACGAAGUCGGACCAGGUGCAAUAUAUCGCAGAAACAUAUUGUAAGAUACACAGAUAGGUACGUAGAUAAGUAGAUUGGAGAAGCAACUGAGAUGGCAGCCAGUAAGUUCCAAGUCGAGGAGCUGUACGACUUUAUACACCCGCUCGCAGUGAGAGCUGGGGAAAUCCUGCUAGAGGGCUACCAAAAUGCUGGCAAGGCGGUGGCCCUCAAGGACGGCGAAUUCUACAAUGUAGUCACUGCCUAUGAUAACCAGAUAGAGGAGUUUCUCAUGGAGAAGAUACUGGCGCGCUACCCGGAUCACAAAUUCAUUGGAGAGGAGGACACCCACAAAAAUAACAAUGUGACCAAAGAGCUGACGGAUGCUCCUACUUGGAUCAUAGAUCCCAUCGAUGGGACCUCAAACUUCAUCAAACAAAUUCCACAUGUAUCGGUUUCGAUUGGAUUGUCCAUUAAAAAACAGAUCGUGUUAGGCGUAGUUAACAAUCCCGCACAGAAUAAGCUAUAUACCGCGAAGUUGGGCCAGGGCGCCUUUUGCAAUGGAAAACCCAUUCAUGUGAGCAGCUGUGAACAUCUGAAUGAUGCCAAUGUGGCAUACGAGGUUUGCUUGCUGCACGCUCCAAAGAUCAGGAACAAGCACAUCAAAAGAAUCUACCAUGUGGGAUCUAAUGCCAGAAGACUCCUGGCCUAUUCAGCUGUGGUGGAUUCCCUAUGCAUGGUGGCCGCUGGCAACUUGGAUGCCUUUCACAUUGAAGACAUGUAUCCCUGGGAUUGUGCAGCUGGCUAUUUGCUUAUCCGUGAGGCCGGCGGAGUUGUCACCCAUCCGUACGGUGGUCCCUUUGAUAUCAUGAAGCCAGAUCUAAUUUGCGCCGGAACGGAGACAUUGAGAGCUGAGAUAGAGCAUCUCAUUCGGAAGGCUGAUCAGGAGAAGCAUGUGGGUGCAGAGUAAGACCAGAGUAAAACCAAAGCGGUUUUGUCAACAAAUAAAAGUCUAAUGAUCAACAUAAAACAGAAUCUUGUUUAAACGCUGGCUCCUUUGUUUUUGUUCUACAAAUCAACUGCUAUCAGCUCAGUUCA